CUUUGAAUAUAAAACUACAGGAAGGAGCAUAACUUCGAAUUUGCGCGACCAAAAUAUGUGGAGGUUGCAUAUGGCCGACUAGUAUUUCCGGUUUGGCAGUGGCGUAUAUUUACUUAAAUAUGAUUGUCAAUAUUAUGACUCACUCUUUUUCCACUAAUUUCAGUACUUAUUAUCACUUAAAACCGCUAAAAUCAAUUAAACAUCCACUUGAAUGAGGACACAGCGAACCACCAAAACAAAUGAUGAGUCCAUACUUGGAGGCUCAAAAUGGCCGUUUCCGUCUCUGCGUUGUCUGUAGUGACAGAUAGGAAACGCUCCUUCCUGUAGUUUUAUAUUCAAAGCACGUAAUACACACUACACAGCCAUUUUUGAUUAAAAAUCUCAAGGUCGUUUUAUAUGGCUAUAUUUACAUUUACAUAACAUAACCUGUAAAAAUAAAAAAAAUCUGAGGGAUACUGGCUAGAGGUCAAAAGUAAAAAUUUAAUUAUUCAAUUUAAUGAAUAACUUAAAUUAAAAUCCCGCCGCUAUGCGAAAUCGUCAUCGUUAACGCAAUACAAGAUUUAACAUCGCUCGACAAGUUUGCGUUGGGUGCCACUGCCACAUCCACUUUUUUUAGUAGUUCCUUGCAAGUAGUACUACUUUGGUACUACUAAAGUGAAAGCGGUUUAUUUUCGUAUUGUUUUGGAAUGAUGCUUUAAAUUUGUUAAUUAGUUUAUUGUUUAAAAUCCUAGUUUUUAAACUUUUAAAAUGGCAAGUCCUAAAACUAGUCGGAAGGAAUCUCUAGAGGUGAAGUAUUAUUUGAUUGGAUAUAAUUUCGUCCAAACGAUAGGUUGGUCCAUAAUAUUCUACAAACUCAUCUUUUAUUACCUGAGUCCAGGCACAAAAACUCUAUACGACACAGUAAGAUGCUCACUUGAUAUUUUCCAAAAUGCUGCUGUAUUGGAAGUUGUGCAUGCUGCAACCGGCAUGGUUAAAUCCAGUCCCAUUAUGACAGCAUUUCAAGUAGCUUCAAGGGUUGUAGUCGUAUGUGGCGUUUUAAUGGCCACAAAUGCAGCCAGAGAAGGUCUCGGAUUGCCAUUAGCCCUUUUAGCUUGGUCUAUUACCGAGAUAAUUAGAUAUUCUAAUUAUUUUUUCAAUUUGAUUGGUUCAGUGCCAUAUUUUCUCAAGUAUCUAAGAUACACAACUUUCAUUGUUCUCUAUCCAAUAGGAGUAACAGGCGAAUUACUAUGCAUUUUCAAAGCACAAAACGAAGUUGGCCAAAGACAAUUGUACUCGAUGAAAAUGCCAAAUAAUUACAAUUUCAUUUUCAACUAUCAGCAUUUGUUGUGGUUCUUGAUGCUCUUAUACAUUCCACUGUUCCCUCAACUUUACCUGUACAUGUUUGGUCAAAGGAAAAAGGCCUUAGGAAAACAGAAAUCAAAUUAGGAACAAAUUAACAUAGAUCUAAUUGAGACUGAACUGUAAAAUGUAAAUGAUAUUCAUUUUUUAUUGAUCUUGAAGUUGGAACACAGGCUUAUUAAAUAAAUAAUUUCAGACAUGGCAUUAUAUUUGUAAAUUUCCUAAAGCCCUUUGUACUUUUCUGGAAUGCCUACUUCUAGAUUGGUUUAGGGCAUGUUCCAAUUCGUUGGCUAAAUGUAAAAGAUUUGUUGGGUCGGUUUGCAAUAUUUGAUGACUAAUUUCAGAGCCAGUUUUCAAUGCCAAAUCCAUCGUUAUCAAUGGGGUAACUUGUUGAAGCAUUGAUCUAGAUGCAAGCUAAAAAUUCACUUAUUAAUACAUUUAAUUUGCAAUAUUCCUAAAUAUUUAACUUGAACUUCAAAUCUCCAUUGUAAAUCGUGGUAGUGCGGUCCAGUCAAACCUUUUGUGUUUAUUUUAUGGAUUAGUGAUUUUUUUGUGUCAUAAAAUUUACUGAGUAGCGUUUCUUGGUUCUCUGAAAAUCCUAGAGUCAGGACGGAGUCCCUAAAAUCAGCUUCACUUAACUAAAAAUUGAAAUUCUAUUAGUUGGUUUUGGAGAUAAGAUAAUUCACAGCUACCUGGUGUUUGCAAGCUAUCAAAAGCAAAUUUAUUAAUCCGUAAAUACAAUUUUCAAUUACGUCUACUGUAACAUCUAGUUUCGAUGCUGCUGUGCUGAAGAGUUUUGCAGUCGGACCGUUUUCUAAGAAAUCGGAAGCGAGUUUGCAAAAAUCGGCAACAACUGGAAUAUGGAAAACAUAGGACUAUUUCAUUUAGGGCCGGUUUUUUCAUCUUCAGAUAAAGACUGUAAUUAUGUUUAUGAUUAUGCAAAUGUUGUAUAAACCUGCCAUUACUGGUAACUGACUAAACAUUGGAUUGCUAUAAGAUAAAUUUACCAAUCUAGAAUCCUAUUGGCCCGUAGAUAAAUGGCCGACCAAUAGGAUUAUAGAUUGCGUGGUUAUCUAUCCGUCAGAUUGCAUUACUUGACAGUGGUGAAUAAACCAGGCCUUAGGAAUAAAGUUAUAUAAAAUUACUCUACCUUGUUCUGGUUGAGCAGUGAGCAGCUGCAGGUGUUCCUUGUGGUCGUUUCUUAGAGAAAUUAACAUUGCGUUGUAUUUAUUUCAAAAUUUUAAACUUAUAUUUCCAAAAGAAAACAUCAAAACCAAAACAAAGGCUGACUCGUGCCGGCGUUGCCAGGUCAGGCAAAGCAAAAUUCCUGAAAAAAAAAUUGUUAAAGAUAAGAAAGAAAAAAAUCGAGUUGAGCUUCAUUUUUCUUAUUAACCUGGUUUGAUUAAAUGUGCUAUUGCUAUUGAUCACUCUUAGAACAAACAAAAAUCAUAAUAAUGGACAUCUUGUCCUUGUGAAGGUGAAAUAAAUUAAAGUCGUGAAAUCUCACGGAUAAUUGAGAAAUGUGGCAAUGUUUAUCGUGAGAAAUUAUAAGAUUUUUUAUCAGUAGCUUUGUAUCUAUCUAUUCCAAUUUUCUACCAACGAGGUUCCAUGGUGUAAUGGUUAGCACUCUGGACUUUGAAUCCAGCGAUCCGAGUUCAAAUCUCGGUGGAACCUGAAUCUUUUUUUUGUUUUUACACCACAAUAAUAACUGUAAUAGUUUAAAAUUAGUUUUUACUUGGGGGUCAUCAAUCAAUUCCUAUUUAUUAAUCUCCCUUUUUUUAUCCAGCGUAAUUUAUGGCUUUUAUCAAUUGAAAGGUGUUUGUUUUGCGCUUAAUUCUGCGACAUUUUAAAUCUUUUUUUACUUUGUUUCUAGGGAUUUUGGUGUUUACUGUUUAUCAAUAUAUGGUAAACGAAUAGGUGCCUUUCAAUUUUUUUGUGAGGAGUAGAUAAAUGUACAGGGCCGCAUCACCCAUUAGACCCGUGCCUAGGGCAGGGCCGUAGCCAGGGGGGGC